AUGGACUCGUUGGGCAAAUUCAAAUGUCAUCAAUCGACAGAUCGACGGUUUAUGAGCACGGAGUUGAAAAUUUAA